AUGUCUCACCAUCAAAACUCAACAACCGCUAACACGGCAAUGGCAAUACAUAACUUGACCAACACGACAAACACCCCCAUGCAGAGUGCCAGUAAUUUGAGACUAUUGAAUGGUAAUUUACCCAUGACUCCAGCAAAUCAAACUCCUGCUUCAACCGCCUCACCUCCUACUUCAAUGCGUGAUGAUUCUACCAUCGUGGGACUACAUUAUAAGAUCGGUAAGAAGAUCGGGGAAGGUUCAUUUGGGGUCCUUUUUGAAGGUACUAAUAUGAUUAAUGGUUUACCAGUAGCCAUUAAAUUCGAACCAAGAAAAACGGAGGCUCCUCAAUUGAAAGAUGAAUAUAGAACUUAUAAGAUUCUUACUGGAACACCUGGUGUUCCUCAAGCUUAUUAUUUUGGUCAAGAAGGGUUGCAUAAUAUAUUGGUUAUUGAUUUAUUGGGACCAUCAUUAGAAGAUUUAUUCGAUUGGUGUAACAGGAAAUUUUCAGUAAAGACUGUCGUGCAAGUUGCAGUACAAAUGAUUACUUUAAUUGAAGAUUUACAUGCUCAUGAUUUAAUUUAUAGAGAUAUUAAACCAGAUAAUUUUCUUGUUGGAAGACCAGGUCAUGAAGAUGCAAAUAAGAUUCAUUUAAUUGAUUUCGGUAUGGCUAAACAAUAUAGAGAUCCAAAGACGAAACAGCAUAUCCCAUACCGUGAAAAAAAAUCAUUAAGUGGUACUGCUAGAUACAUGUCUAUUAAUACUCAUUUAGGGAGAGAACAAUCAAGAAGAGAUGAUAUGGAAGCAUUGGGUCAUGUAUUUUUCUAUUUCUUAAGAGGUCAAUUACCAUGGCAAGGUUUAAAGGCUCCAAAUAAUAAACAAAAAUACGAAAAGAUUGGUGAAAAGAAGAGAACUACAAACGUUUAUGAUUUGGCACAAGGCCUUCCAAUUCAAUUUGGUCGUUAUUUGGAAAUUGUGAGAAAUCUUUCUUUUGAAGAAACUCCAGAUUAUGAAGGCUAUCGUAUGUUAUUAUUAUCUGCUCUUGAUGAUUUGGGUCAAUCUGCUGAUGGUGAAUAUGAUUGGAUGAAAUUGAAUGGUGGUCGUGGUUGGGAUUUGGCCAUUAACAAGAAACCAAAUUUACAUGGAUAUGGUCAUCCAAAUCCACCAAAUGAAAAAUCAAAGAGACAUAGAAAUAAAUUAAAUGCUGCUGGUGUUGCCGGUGGUAAUCCACAACAAAGGCAAACCAAUUCUCCAUUACAUACAGCACAUCAUACACCCCAACCACCACAAUUACAACCUUUACAACAAAAUCAACAUACGGAGAAUGAUAUGCAGCAAAAUGAAGCUCAGUUAGACCCAACUUCUUAUGAAGCUUAUCAACAACAAACACAACAAAAAUACGCACAACAACAAAAGAAAUCUCAAUUACAUCAACAACAUACCGCUACGAAGCAAGGUGCCAAUAUUAACAAUGGAAAAUACCAACACCAAGCACAACCUACUGCAGUUAAGCAACCCCAAAGAGGGCAACAGCAACAGGAUGAAAGCUCUGAUCACUCAGCAAAGGGAUUCUUUAGCAAAUUGGGUUGUUGUUAG